ACCACAAAAGUCACAUGUUCGUUUCCCGUUUCUGUCAAAAUGGCUUUGGAGGCUCGUGUGUUGCGUGUGUGCACAGUAGCACUGUUCUUCGUGUUCUCUGUCUGUGCUGUUGGACACGGACGAGUCAAAGGCUUCAGGAGGUUCGGUCAUGUGCAGCGGGCCCAGCGGGGAGCUCCGUCAGAGGAGCAGUGGUUCACCCAGAGACUGGAUCACUUCAACGGUGCAGACAUCAGGGAGUGGAAGCAGAGGUACUUUGUCAAUGAAAAUUUCUACAAGCCAGGUGGCCCAGUGUUUCUGAUGAUAGGUGGAGAGGGUCCGGCUAAUCCAGCAUGGAUGCAGAAUGGAACCUGGCUCACCUACGCUGAGAAAGUGGGAGCGCUCUGCUUGAUGCUGGAGCAUCGCUUCUAUGGAAAGAGUCACCCGACAGUUGACCUCAGUACAGACAACCUACGUUUCCUCAGCAGCCGUCAGGCUCUAGCCGACCUGGCUCACUUCCGCACCACGAUAGCUGAGACCCGAGGCCUGACCAACAGGAAGUGGGUGGCAUUAGGCGGGUCAUACCCUGGUUCUCUCGCCACUUGGUUCCGGCUGAAGUACCCACACCUCGUCCAUGCCUCUGUGGCCACGAGUGCACCCGUUCAUGCUACUGUCAAUUUCCCAGAGUACUUGGAGGUCGUGUGGCGUUCGCUGGCCUCAGAGAACACAGAGUGCCCCCUACUGGUGAAAAAAGCUUCGGAUACCCUUGUAGAACGGCUAAAGGAUCCCAAGACCCACGACAACAUCACUAAAGAGUUCAACUUGUGUUCCAGACUGCAGAUCCAGACAGAGAUGGACUCGGCCUACUUCCUGGAAACGCUGGCUGGCAACUUCAUGGAUGUGGUCCAGUACAAUGAAGACAACCGAGGGUUUGAGGGUGCAACAGGUACGAACAUCACCAUCAAGGUGCUGUGUGGUGUGAUGGCUGACAGCUCACUGGGGGAUCCAUACGCCCGCUAUGCUGCUGUGGCCCGCCUCAUGAUGGACACCUUCUCCAUGAAGUGCCUGGAUGCCAGCUACACGACAAACCUGAGAGACAUGACCAACACGUCCUGGGAUGGGCCGGCUGCAGGGGGAGGGAGACAAUGGGUCUACCAAACCUGCACUGAAUUUGGAUUCUACCAGAGCACUGAUUCACCCAAUCAACCGUUCACUGGCUUCCCUCUUGUGUAUCAUGUGAAACAGUGUGCGGACUACUACAAUGUAAGUGCUGAGCAGCUGGCGGAGGCUGUGGCCCAAACCAACGAGUAUUAUGGCGGCUAUGACAUUCGCUCUAGCAGAAUUGUUUUCCCGAACGGGUCCAUUGACCCCUGGCAUGCCCUGGGAAUCACGCAGGACAUCACAGCCAACCUCCCUGCUGUUUUCAUCAAAGGAACAGCCCACUGUGCCAACAUGUACCCUGCCAGUAGUGAGGAUCUCCCCCAGCUGAGUCUGGCCCGUGACCACAUCUCCUUAAUCCUCCAGCAGUGGCUGAAGCAGUGACCAAACAAGCAAAAUAGUGAUGCUUUUGUCCAGGUCAUUGAUGUUGGAAUGACACUGCUUAUUAUGCUGCAAUAUUAAUGACUGCAUUACUGCUUAAGAUGGCACUUUACGCAAGUAUCAGCAGGUACAAAGUUCAGGUAUUUUUAAAUGAAUUAGCAGAUGAAUAAAGAUGUUUUUUAUGACUCAGUUUCAUUCUGAGUUAAUGGAUUAUAACCACUGGUUUCCAGGGCAGGGACUUGUGGACAUUAAACAUUUGUAUAUACCUGGUUAAUCCUGGCCUCUUAGUCCAGAUUAGUAUGUUUUCUGUUAUUUAGUUUAUCAACACAAUAAUAAUUUUAGCGAACUCCAGCCAGUCAAUGGUGGAGCUUACUGAUGUUCCAAAAGUAGAUUUAUUUAUGUUCUGCCGUCAUCCUUAUAGUGAACAUACAUUUCUUUCAAACCAUCUUCUGUAAACUCACAGGUAUCAAGUGAAAGGCAGCAUGGAUUGGUGUAAUGUGAUCACUUCUCUGUUAAAAUCUCGACAGCAGUGUUUUGCAUAAAUUGUAAUCUUUGUGUUUCACUUGCUGGUAAUGUGCAGGUAUGUUUCCAGUACAAAACAUAAUUCCACCUUUAGUUUCA